UCCCAACACAACAAACACAUAAAAAGGAAUGUUUUCAAUGGUGGCGAUUCUAGAUUCCCCUUUAGAGCAUACACAUUUCCCCCAUUUUAUUACACUUGAAAAACUUCCCCAAACUUCCAUUACUUCAAUGGCCAAUUCCCAAGCCCUUCUCUCACCAUUCUCUCUCCCCCAACUCCCCUCUUCUCCAAUUCACUCACCAUCUACAAACCACUUCCAAAUCCACUGCUCCUUUGGCAAAUUUGGCAACUUUCUUGACCUUAAACCCGAGUCCAAACCCGAGCCCCUCAAGCUUGAUCUCCCCUUGUUUCAUCCCUAUUCCGAUCGUUCCCGCUUCGACGUGGUGGUCAUCGGCGCUGGCCCCGCUGGCCUCCGCCUCGCCGAGCAGCUCGGUGGCUUCGGAAUCAAGGUAUGUUGCAUGGAUCCUUCCCCGCUUUCUCCUUGGCCAAAUAACUACGGCGUUUGGGUGGAUGAGUUUGAAGCUUUGGGGUUCCAAGAUUGCUUCCACAAGACUUGGCCCAUGGCUACGGUGUAUUUAAGUGAUCGGAAAGUCAAGUAUUUGGACCGCCCCUACGCUCAGGUGAGCAGGAAGAAACUUAAGAUGAAAUUAAUGGAGGAAUGUGUAAGAAAAGGGGUAAAGUUCCACAAGGCCAAAGUCUGGGAAAUUAAGCACCAAGAAUUCGAAUCUUCAGUAUCUUGCAACGACGGAACUGAAAUAAAAGCAAAUUUAGUGAUCGACGCAAGUGGGUUCGCAAGCAAAUUCACAGAGUACUCAAAAUCAAAGCCAAGAAACUGUGGCUUUCAAAUAGCCCAUGGAAUUUUAGCAGAAGUCGAACGCCACCCAUUCGAUCUAAACAAAAUGGUUCUAAUGGAUUGGAGAGACACCCAUUUGGGGAACGAGCCAUACUUGAGACAAGACAACAAAAAAUCCCCAACAUUCCUUUACGCAAUGCCAUUUGAUUCCAAUCUAAUCUUUAUGGAAGAGACUUCCCUUGUCGGUCGCCCGGCGCUUCCGUACACGGAGGUGAAGAGGCGGAUGGCAGCCAGGCUGCGGCACUUGGGGAUAAAGGUGAAGAGAAUUUUAGAAGAGGAGAAGUGUGUGAUUCCGAUGGGGGGGCCUCUACCGGAGAUGCCUCAGGCAGCGGUGGCGGCAGGCGGGGUGGCGGGGAUGGUGAAUCCAGCGACUGGGUAUGCGGUGGUUGGAGGAAUGGCGGCAGCACCGAGGGUUGCGAGAAUGGCCGCCGAGGGGCUCGGUGGCGGCGGGAGGAUGAUCAGAGGGAGGGCAUUGCAGGGUAGGGUGUGGGAAGGGGUGUGGCCAAUGGAGAAGAGAAGUGUGAGGGAGUUUUAUUGCUUUGGGAUGGAAACUUUGGUGAGGCUUGAUUUGGAUGGGAUGAGGAGGUUUUUUGAUGCAUUUUUUGAUUUGGAACCAUUUUAUUGGGAGGGGUUUUUGUCUUCUAGGUUGUCUCUUUGGGAGUUGGUUAUGUUGAGCUUAUCACUCUAUGGACAUGCCUCUCUUAUGUCUAAGGUUGAUAUUCUUACUAAGUGUCCUCUUCCUCUGUUUAAAAUGAUGGCUAAUAUUACUCUUCAAGCUUUGGGAUGAAUCAAGAGGGUGCAUUUUCUUUGGGGUACAUAGUUGGCUAUAAUACUUAUUAUUAUUAUAAUUUGUGGUUAUAAUAGUUGAUGUUAGAUGUUGACUAUUCUAGUCCGAGUUUAGGGUUUAUAUGUUUUGGUUUCCGAUUUGUUUAACAUGAAGUUCUUUAUGGAUUUAUUAUUUAGGUUUUUUUUUUAAAAAAAAAAACUUUUUUCCUAGUGUAUUGUAUUAUACAAUUAUGUAUUAGUACCUUAAGUAUCAUAUCUUGUAAACAAAGAGAAGAUACAUUCCACCAUUUUUUUAAAUAUUUUAGAUUGAUACUUUUGGAGAGAAUAUUCUUUCACUCUCUUAAGACACAUUUACUCACUUUUUACUCAAAGUUUCUCUCUAACUUUCUUGCUUUUAUUUCUUCCUCUCUUUGCUUACUUGGCUUACAAAUGGAGCUAGACCUCUGGAAUUUAUAGGCAUGAGAUCUUUGGAGCCUAAGCAAAAAGGAUCUCUCUAGAUUAUUCUUGGAUUCUAAAUAUCUUGAUAUUUCUUGGUUUAUUCUUAUCUAAAGGAAUUAUCGAAUUCUUUAAACCUAAGGUUGUUCUAGAAUAUUUCUAAUUUUUUUUUUCUUUUGAGAUGUUUAUUCAUACUACAACAUAGUUCUAGAAAAAUCUAUUUUACAUUUUUAUGUCAUAUGGUAGAUACUUCAAGAAUCUUCUAGACUAGUUAGUGUUGUUAUAUAUUUUAACACUCCCUCUCAACACUAACUAUUAUGGGUCAUUCAAUCAUCUCGAGCUGUUGUCGAAACUUUGCAUGUUUAUUUGUUGUAGCCCUUUUGUGAAUAUAUCUGCAAUUUGAUCUUCUAUCUUUAUUGGCUUCAUCUCAAUUUCCUAUUGAAGUACCUUUUCUCUAAUGAAGUGGUACUGUACCUCCACAUGCUUAGUCUUUACAUGGAAUAUUGGAUUCUCAGCUAAGCGAACUGCAUAUUGGUUGUCGCAGUAUAAAGUCACUGCAUGAUUAACUUCUUGGUGGAAAUCCUUCAUUAGUUGCUUUAUCCACAUAUUCUCUUGUACUGCCAUGGUCGCUGCUCUAUACUCUACUUCUGUGAUAGAUAAUGCAACUACUGCUUACCUCUUGCUACACCAAGAAAUUGCUCCACAACCAACUUUGAACGAGUAACUAGUAGUUGAUCGUCGUGUAUCAUGAUCUCUUGCAUAAUCAACAUAACAAAAUCCUUCGAACUUAUAGUCCUUCCCUUUCUUAUAAAAAAAUGUCAUAUUCACUUGUUCCUCUUAGAUAUCUUAGAAUUCUUCGAACUGUUUCAAGAUGAGUCUUCUUCGGAUUCUACAUGUAACAACUUACAACUCCGACUAUGAGAUACCAGUUCUUGUUAAGGUAAGGUAGAUUAAACUACCUACCAACUGACUAUACAUCAUUGAGUCUGCAAGAUCGUUGUCUUCAUGUAUGCAAAACUUUUUGUUAACCUCCAUCAGUCUAAAUAUUAGCUUGCAAUCACUCAUACCAUACUUCUGUAGCAUAUCCUUUACAUACUUCUAUUAUUCGAGGAACAAUCCUUUUUCUAAGUGUUCCACGCUAGUCCAAAGAAAUUCUUUACUUCUCCAAGCUCUUUCAUUUCAAAUCGGACUAGUAUUUUGACCUUUGAGCCUUGAGCUUUAACAAAUAAGCUAGAAUCUGCUAGAGCUACUACAAAGCCACUUUCAUCUAGAAACUCUGCAAUUUUCCCAUACUAGGCUCUUAGUGCUUGCUUGCAACCAUAUAAAGCUUUUCUCAACUUGCAGACAUAGUCAUGAUGAGUUUCAUCCUCAAAUCCUUUUGGUUGCUCGAUAUAUAUUUCUCGAUCUAGCUCUCCAUUUAAGAAAGUGUUCUUAACAUCCAUCUGCCACAGCUUCCAUCCCUUAUUAGCAAUAAGUGUUAAUAAGACUCAAACAGUGGUGAGAUUUGCUAUAAGACUGAACGUCUCAUCAUAGUCCAAGCCAUAUUAUUGAAAACCCCCGAGCCACAAGUCGAGCUUUGUAUCUCUCUACCACCCAUAUGCUCGAGUUUCAAGUCACCAUGUAGUGCAUAUCGUUGGUUGAAGAUUGCUUGACAGGACCAAAUACAUGAGAAUGCACCAACUCCAAUGGUUGUUUUGCUCUAAAUUUGGACUCCUUGAAUGGCAUUUAAUGUCCCUUUCCAUAAUGGCAACCAGCUUAGAGCAUGUCUUCUUUGAUAUCAAGUUUAGGCAGCCCCUUAAGCAUAGACUUGUUUAUCAUUGUCUUCAAUUUGUUGUAGCUAACAUGAUCAAGUCUUACAUGCCACAAAUCUGUUGUUUCAUUCUUUUGUGUCUUAUUCAUGUAGGCGGUCUCUGCUAACAUAACGUAGAUGGAGUCCAUUCUUCGCCCUUCCAUUAAUGGCAUACCAUUGACUUUAGAUUAUGAUACACCUUGACAUCGUCAGGUCCAAACACGAUGAAGUUGCCUGCUAAUGUCAAUUGAGAUACUGAUACCAAAUUUUUCUUCAUUCAGCACAUAAAUAAGUUCUCCAGUUCCACUUGAUUGGAAUCAGAGUGAUGUAUUAUCAUAGUUUUGCCUACGUGGGCUAUUGGAAACUUCAAGUUAUUUGCAGUUACAACAAUUUGGCUUCCUUUGUACUCAGAUGUGUUUUGCAGCUUCCUCUUAUCUCCUAUCAUGUGGUUAAAGCAACCUAAAUCGACAAUCCAAUCAUUUUCAUAAUUAACCUCUUCUGCAUGGACAGCCAACACUUCAUUCUCCACCACAUUGGAUGCGAACUGGGGAUUGGGAUUUGUUGUUGCAAAGCAUGCCUCUACAUCCCAUUCUUCUUCACUGAUGCUCUCAGCUUGGGAGGUGACUAAGUUGCUUUCUGCUGCCUUUUUCUUCGAUAGUCACUGACAUAGUUGCAUAUCUUUCUACAGUUAUAACAUUCACCCCUUUUUUUCUAUGCUUGUGAUUUUGAUUAGUUUUACUAGCUCACCCUAUUUUAGAGUGUUUGGGAGUUUCUUCAUCUCUUUUUUAUUCUACUUUCUUUGAUAUUUUGAAUGACCUUUUCUUUGGCUAUUAAAGAGCGUUUCUUCCUAAUUACUCUUUAAUGUGACCUCUGACAUCUGCUUAGCCAAUGUUUUUUUUACUGGCAAGCAUAUUUUCUAGGUCAAUCAAAGAAGGUUGGACUACUAAUCUUGAAUAACAGCAAUAAAGCUUCUAUAUUCAAGUUUAAGGUAUGGAUAAUAAUUCUCCUCAUUCUUGAUUCUGAAAUAGCAGAAGUAGAAUAAGAGAUUUCAUGGCAUAGAGUUUUUACCUUGGUGAAUUGUUGGAUGAUAGUCAUCUCCCUUUGAGCAAUUGACAGUAGCCCGAUCUCUAGAAACUGCAAUCUUGCAUCAUUUUUCUUUGAGAAAAGUGAGGUGAUCGUGUCCCAUGCUUUCUUCGGCAUCUCUGUUGUAUUGUGCUCCAAUAUUUCCUCAUCAAUUGUAGUUUUAAUUGCAAACAUGACCUUACCUGCCUCGAUAUUCCAUUUCUUCAAAGCGGCAGUAUCCUCAGGUGGAUUGACUUCAAUGCCUCUCACAACAUCCCACAAGUCUUGGCCUUGGAGAUACGAAUGUGGACCAUGAUUUGUAGUGUUGUGUGUUGAACUUCUUGAUUCCUUUAACAACUUAAAUGUCUCCCAUCAUCUUGUAGUAAUCAAUGCACUCCACGAGUAGCUGUGUCCCAAAUAAUAAGCUUUACAAUCCUAAAUUGUACUCGAUCUUUAGAAGCUCACCACAACAAUCUAUGCUAGCCAAGCUAUGAUAUCACUUAUUGAAGAAAUUGGUACAAAAGAAAGAGAGACAAUCUCUUUUGAAGAAAUAAACUUUUAUUAAGAACUUAAAAAAAUGGACACUUUUGGAGAGAAUACUCUUUCAUUCUCUCAAGAUACACUUACAUUUUACUCAAAGUUUCUCUCAAAGU